UCAACCUUGUUACUUCACUCAAACCAAACCAUUCAUUUGCAAACAUGUCUUCUGCAACAAUACUUUCUUUCCUUCUCUUCACUUUCACAUUCACUUAUCUUUCAUUCAAACUUUUCUUUCAUCCAAAACAAAAACACAAGAAGCCACCAGGUCCACCAUCACUUCCUAUAAUCGGAAACCUUCACAUGUUAGGUACACUUCCACAUCGAACACUUCAAACACUCUCCAAAAAAUAUGGUCCAAUCAUGUCCUUACAACUUGGUCAAGUCCCAACUAUUGUCAUUUCAUCUUCAAAAACAGCAGAGUUAUUUCUCAAAACACAUGACUUAGUUUUUGCAAGCCGGCCAAAGAUUCAAGCAUCUAAGAUCUUCUCUUACGGUUCAGUAGGGUUGUCUUUUUCGGAGUAUGGUCCUUAUUGGCGAAGUGUAAGAAAACUAUGCGCUUUGAAACUUCUUGGUGCUUCUAAAGUUGAGAUGUUUGCUCCUAUUAGAAAAAAUGAGUUGGAUGUUGUGGUUAAAUCAUUGAAGAAAGCUGCUUUGGUGGGUGAGGUUGUGAAUGUUAGUGAUGUUGUAGAGACUUUGGUUGAAGAUAUUGUGUAUAAGAUGAUAUUGGGUAGGAGUAAGUAUCAACAAUUUGACUUGAAGAGGAUUGUUAAACAAACAAUGAUUUUAUUUGGAGCUUUUAAUCUAGCUGAUUAUGUUACUUGGUUGGGCCAUUUUGAUCUUCAGGGAAUUACACGAGCUUGCAAGAAAACAAGUAAAGAACUUGAUGGAGUGUUGGAGGUGAUAGUAUCAGACCAUGAACAAGCUACUAAUGUAGACAAACCUCAUCAUGAAGAAGAUUUUGUAGACAUGCUUCUUUCAACUAUGCAUCAAACUAAAGAUUUAGAAAAUGGACAAAAUAAUGUCAUCAAUCGUACUCACAUCAAGGCAAUAUUACUAGACUUGAUUGUGGCUGGAAUUGAUACAUCAGCUACCGUAAUUGAGUGGGCGCUAUCUGAACUUUUAAGGAAUCCAAGAGUGAUGGAAAAACUUCAAGAUGAAAUACGAAAUGAAGUAGGAGAUAUGAGGAUGAUUGAAGAGAACGAUUUGAAGAAGUUAGAUUACUUAGAUAUGGUGGUUGAUGAGAUAUUAAGACUUUAUCCCGUAGGACCUUUAUUACUUCCGCGUGAAUGUAGAGAGAAUAUAUCAAUCGAUGGUUAUUUUAUAGAAAAAAAGACGCGCGUUAUUGUAAAUGCAUGGGCAAUAGGGAGGGAUCAUGAUGUUUGGUCACAAAAUGCAGAUGAAUUUUAUCCUGAAAGAUUUAUUGACAAGAUAAUGAAUUUUCAUGGACAAGAAUUUGAGUGUAUACCAUUCGGUUCUGGUCGGAGACGUUGUCCUGGAAUUCAUUUGGGCUUGAUUACAGUAAAAUUGGUUAUAGCUCAAUUGAUACAUUGUUUUAAUUGGGAACUUCCACGUAAUAUUACUCCUUCAAAUUUGAAUAUGGAAGAGAAAUUUGGACUCACUAUACCUAGAGCUCACCACCUGUACGCAAUACCAAGUUAUCGUUUGGUAAGUAAUGACAAAUUUGAAUAGUUUAUAAGUUGUUUUACAAUAAAUUAACGAAUAUUGUUGAAACCAGAUAAUUAGGUAAUUUUGAUAAUAUAUUACUUUAUUAUAUUAAAAGUAGAUUAGAGUUAAUAUUCCUAUCCAAUAUCUAUUGUUUCACUAUAAGUAUAAAAAACACUAUAAGUUGUGAUUAUAUUUAAGUAAUUUUGAUAUUUAAGUAAUUUUGAUAGUAUAUUACUUUAUUAUAUUAAAAGUAGAUUAGAGUUAAUAUUUACACCCAAUAUUAAUUGUUUUCACAUUUUUCAUAUCCCUUGUUAUUACAAACUGUUAAUUAUUUCUUACCAUUUAUUAAACCUACAGUUAAUUUUGACUGUAAAACCAAUCAUGAAGUAAUAUGUAGCUGUAUUUUUGUUUUGAAACUUCAUUGAAAACCUACAAAACGUUUCUCAUUCUACUUCUACUUUUCUCAAUUGAAACAAAUAAAUUGAAACAAACCUUAUUCUACUUCCAACGUGUUUCCUCAAUUGAAACAAAUAAAGCAUUGGAAAAAUAAGUGCGACUUUUGUCAUUCCUAUUCUAUUCUUUCAUUGAAACUAGAUUAUUCCAUUUAUUAAUUUAAGCAACCAUCUAAAGUCAUGUGUGUUCUCAUUCAGUUUUCUUUUGUUCCAUCUUCCACCCUCAUCUCCGAAAACAGAUUCCUUCUAUAUCUCUUCCACCAUUAUCUGCAAAAUAGGUUCCUUCCAUCUCUAUGUUCUUAUUGAUGUUUUGAUUGUUUGUUUGCUCCUUCUCCGUCUUCAGCGU